GAUCGUAUCCGUUCAGUGCGAGUCGGUCUUUCGAGCGCGCAGCAACGUUUUUCCGAUCGGUCUUUUCCUUACUCAGAAGCGAAGAAAAACACACGGUAGACAAGCCGAUUAUCUGCUCUUUCUGUUCUGAGGUGACGCGAUCAAGUGUAGACUGUGCAAUAAUCAGCUUCGUGAUCGAAGUUCUCGCGUUCAAUCUGCAGUGUCGCAAGCUGUCAUCCCGAGGGAUCGAUUUCAAUGACGAUGACGAAUAAAUUGGCCAUCAUUUUAGCGGUAGCUUUGAUCGCUCAAUGCGUCUACGGAUUACCGGCACCGCAAUGGUUGUCAUUCAAUGAUGGUAAAUUUGGCGUUGGAUUCGGUGGCUACCACGCCGAAGCCGGACUAGGCGGAUUUCUGGGCGGCAAUCAAGGUUUCGGAGGGCUUUCCGCAUCGGCUGGAACCCCGAACGGACAGCGAGCUGGCGCCGGUUUGGGUGGCAUACUGGACGGAAAUGCUAAAACGGCCGGUGGAGCGUACGCAGGAGCAUCCGCGGGACACGGAGUCGGUGCAAGCGCUGCUAUUGGAGGCGGCCUGGGAGGCGAAGGUGGUGCCGGUGGCACCGGAGCUGAAGCUCACGCCGGUGGGGUUAGCAAGAAAGUUGUGAAGCUUAGCCAAACCAAUGGAGGCGAAACAAUUUAUACACACGAAGUUCCGCCCGUUCCACAAGUCGUAAAUACUCGAUUCAACCAGGAUUACGAAUCAAACGGUAGGACGAGAACGUUUGUGAAGGAAGUUCACACUGAUCUGGAGGCACCACCAGCAGUUCAGCCUCCGGUUUACACGCGCACAAAAACGAUCUAUAAAAAGAAGGUCAUACACCGCCCGCAUAAGGUAGCACAUGUUGAAACUACGGUUACUCACGGUAAACCCGCGCCUAACAACAUAGACAUAAAUCGGUUCUCCGAUUUUCAAGCUUUCACGAACAUUGCUUCGAGUUUUUCCUACCCGGAAUCGUAUAGACCAUCAUUUGGGACGACUUCUGUAGAUCAAAAGCACCAUCAGCAAUCCGACGUUUUUAUCAAGGCUCAAGACGUAUCCAAUAAGCCUACAAACGGAGCACAUGGUGCAGGACCAGAAAAAAACUCAAACUUCUGGAAUGACAUCUUUAACAUUCCCAUAUCUACACUGAAUGCUGUUAACCAGUUCCUCAAUGGCAAUAGAGGAAAUGGUGUCGACAAUGCUCACAAGUCUACGUAAGCUGGCACUUGUUGGUGUGGUCGAACCACGUGACGCAUUAUCCGUGAGUAUGAGGAACAAACUACAUAAAUAAUCAUUAUCAGCUAGGUACAAACCUAUACAAAUGCAGAGUAUUUUUAAGAGAACAGUGCAAAAUAAAACUCGUUUAAUUAUAAGAAUAAAAACUUUGUAUUAUUUGAGAGACAGCAGGUA